AUGUCACGCAUUGUCCUCAAGUCUUCGUUUGGCUUAGGUUCUCUUGGAAUCGCGUCUUAUUUCUGGAACUUUGGAAAAUCGUCAAGCAGCCCAUCUCCAACAUCCAGUCCACCGACCCCUUCUUCCAACUUGCCAAGUCCUACAAAACCUAAUGGCAGCACGGCAGUAUUUGAUCCAUCAACAAUCAAUCCGGAAGCGUUUUACAAGUAUGGUUUCCCUGGUCCAGUGCAUGAUUUAUCAAGUCAUUCAGAAUUUGUCAGCUGCUACGAUAGGUCCAAAAGAAAUCCAUAUUGGGUUAUUGAACAUCUUACAAAACAGUCGAUAACUCGUAAUUCUGAUUCAGGUGAUCGUAAAAAAUCGAUAUUCAAAGAAGAUGAAUCCAUUCCAUUCAAAUUUAGAAACAAAUUGCGUGAUUAUUUCCGAAGUGGGUAUGACCGAGGUCAUCAAGCUCCGGCUGCGGACGCCAAAUAUAGCCAGUUAGCCAUGGAUGAAACCUUUGUAUUGACCAACAUCUCUCCACAAGUAGGUGAUGGAUUCAAUCGUGAUUACUGGAGUCAUUUUGAGGAUUUCGUUCGCAGAUUGACCAAUUCUUAUGAUAAUGUCAGAGUCAUGACGGGUCCAUUGUACUUGCCAAAAUUGAUGCCUGAUGGGAAAUAUAGAGUGAGUUACGAAGUUAUUGGAUCACCUCCAAACAUUGCCGUCCCUACCCAUUUCUUCAAAUUGAUUGUUGGAGAGAGAGUUGGCGAUGAUAAGAUUAGUUGUGCUGCUUUUGUUUUGCCCAACGAUGUGAUUGAGAAUAGUACUCCAUUGACUAGCUUCCUAGUCCCAAUCGAUGCGUUGGAGACGUCAACCGGGUUGGAGUUGUUGCAGAAAGUGCCAUAUUUCAAAAAAAAAGAUUUGUGUAAAGAAGUCAAAUGUGAAAUUAUUGUUAGAGAAUUUCCCAAGCAGGUGAAUAACGUAUUGGCUUUACCCAGUGGGAAAUAG